AACCAACUCACUGACUCAAUUCCAGAAUCAAUCACUAUGAUGGGAACUCUUGUGUUGCUUGAUAUCUCUAACAAUGAUAUUUUAGGCACUAUGCCAACAAAAAUGGGUAUGCUUUUGGGUCUAGAACGACUAUUUCUUGAAAGAAACAAAAUAUUUGGCUCCAUACCAGAUAGCAUUGGUAAUCUUAGCAGGUUAGAAUACAUUGACUUGUCCAAUAACAGGUUAAGUCAAACACUACCGGCAAGCUUAUUCCAACUUCAGAAACUUAUCCAAGUAAAUCUUUCUUAUAAUUCAAUAGUUGGUGCUCUGCCAAAUGAUGUUGCUGGGCCAAGACAAAUCGACCAAAUUGAUAUUUCAUCCAAUUCCUUGAACGGGAGUAUCCCAGAAUCAUUUGGUCAACUUAAUAUGCUAACCUACCUAAUUCUGUCACACAACUCAUUCGAAGGUUCAAUUCCUAGCACACUUGAUAAGCUAACUAGCUUAACCUCAUUAGAUCUCUCCUCCAACAAACUCACUGGUGCCAUUCCCAUGUUCCUUGAAAACCUUACCGACUUGUCUAUGUUGAACCUCUCCUACAAUAAGCUAGAAGGUCAAAUACCCGAGAGAGGUAUUUUCUCAAACCUCACGACACAAUCUUUCAUUGGGAAUACCGGGCUUUGUGGUUCACAACGUCUUGGAUUUUCUCCUUGCCAUAAAAAGUCCCACCCUUAUAGUAGUCUUCUUCUCAAAUUUCUACUCCCAGCUAUCCUGGUAACUUGUAGCGCCCUUGCUAUUUUUUUGUACCUAAUGAUUGAAAAGAAGCAUAAGAAUUUCAAAGCUCACGGCGAUGUGGUAGAUGCCACAAGCCAUCAAUUAGUUUCCUACCAUGACCUUGCCCAUGCCACUCGGAAUUUCAGUGAUGAUAACAUGUUAGGGUCUGGAGGAUUUGGAAAAGUAUUCAAGGGACAACUUAGUAAUGGUUUGGUUGUUGCAAUAAAGGUUCUUGACAUGAAGCUUGACCAUGCCAUCAGAGUCUUUGAGGCCGAGUGUCAUGUGCUCCGCAUGGUGCGGCAUCGUAACCUCAUAAAAAUACUCAACACAUGUUCAAACAUGGACUUUAGAGCAUUGGUUCUUCAGUUCAUGCCCAAUGGCAGCUUGGAGACACUGCUACAUCAUUAUGAUGGCGCAAUGUACCUAGGAUUCAUGGAGAGGAUGGAUAUCAUGCUCGAUAUGUCAUUGGCAAUCAAUUAUCUCCACCAUGAGCACCACGAGGUGGUUUUGCAUUGUGAUUUGAAGCCUAGCAAUGUGUUAUUUGACAUGGACUUGACGGCGCAUGUGGCGGACUUUGGCAUUGCAAAGAUGCUAUUAGGUGAUGACAACUCGAUGAUUGUUGCUAGCAUGCCUGGAACGGUUGGUUACAUGGCACCAAAAUAUGGGUCUAUGGGAAAAGCAUCACGUAAGAGUGAUGUAUUCAGCUACGGAAUCAUGCUUCUUGAAGUUUUCACUCGAAGGAGACCUAUGGAUUCUAUGUUUGUGGGAGAACUAACCCUUAGAGAGUGGGUUCGUCAGGCAUUUCCUGCAAAUCUUGUCCACGUCGUGGAUAGCCAUCUACUGCAAGGCUCAUUGCCUUCCAUCUGCGACUUGAAUGAAGAUUUUCUUGUACCGAUAUUUGAGUUGGGUUUGCUCUGUUCUAGCCAUUCGCCAAACGAGAGGUUGACGAUGAGCGAUGUGGUUGCGAUAUUGAACAAGAUCAAGGUGGCAUACACCAAAAGGAUGUCAGCGAAAGAGAGUGUGGAUUGGUAAAUCAUCUGCACUUGUGUAUCUGUCUUGUUCCUACUCUGAGAACAUCCAUCAACGGCACUAGAUAAUCAUCUGCACGUGUGGAUGUUGUUGUUGUUGUUGUUCUUGUUCUUGUUCUUGUUGUGUGCUACACGCUUUUUGCUCCAUAAUUUGAUGAUCAAGGCUUACAUAUAUUUUUUUCUUGGUGAUAUGAAAUCCGUUCAAAGCAA